AUGGAAAACGCUAAGACUUCAGUGCACGCUUUUGUGACUUCUAAGUUAGAUAAUUGUAACGUACUCUUGUAUGGCCCGCCUAAGUAUAAGAUCCAGCCCCGGCAAUACGUCGAAAUACGUGUUGACCUCUACCACUAGGCUAGUUACAUUGUCUAGGAAGCAUGAUCACAUAUCGUCAGUACUAAUGGACCUUCCAUGGUUGCCAGUUGAGUAGCGCGUAGAAGGUAAGAUCUUGUUAUUUACAUGUGAAGUGGUAAAUGGUAUGGCACCUGUAUAUCUCUAGGAUCUAUUGGACCUAUAUAGACCUUGCCGUAGCCUUAGAUCAGGAAACAAGCAGCUUCUGAGGACACAAUCUUAUAAUUUAAAAUCGUACAGGUUCAGGGCAUUUUCUAUAUGUGCCCCUAACUUCGGAAUGCCCUUCCACGGGAGCUAA